UGAGAUUUAGAGUUAAAGGGAGGAGCUUCACCCAAACAUAAUGUAGAAACAUUGAGCUGGUCAGGUUGGGAUACAAGCUGGGUAAGUAACUGAACUGAAAUACUUCCAUCUUCCAACUGAGCUUGUAUAGUUAAAUUAAUUGAUGCUACAUUUUUGUCUUGAUUCCCAAAACUUUGUAGAGAUUGGUUUUGAAUUUAUGAACUGAGAAAGCAAGAGUGAAACUACAAGCUCUGUGAAAAUAGCUUUGCAUGUCAUUUACUCAUUCAGUGUUAAAAUGAAGUUUUAACACUUUUAACAUAUUUAUGCUUGGACCCAGAAAUAUUCCCAAAAACAGCUGAAACUGCAUUGGAACAAGUGUGAUUAUCUGAUCCUUCUGUCAGAUUUUUUUCUAUCUGCUUUAAGAAAAACAAGAUUUUAAAACAGUGAAACUAAAUAAGAUGGAUUUUUUGUGUGAUGUGGAAACUUAUGUAGUUUGUCACUGUAAUGUUAAGGUAUUCAAUUUCAGUGUCCUGCCAAACAGUAAUGAAACAGAGCCAAUCAAACCAGAAUUUUAUUAGAAAUGCAAAAAAAAAAAAAAAAGCUCAGUGAAAUUAUGGUCUUAAAAAUCACAUGUGCUUUAAUUUAAUUGAUAAGCGGGAAGAACAUUAUCUUGCCCAAGAAAACUGCCCAGUGGACUUUUAGCUGAUGCUGGGGUGCUCUCGUGUUUUCCCUCGUGACCUGGGACGUUGGAGUUGCGACGGCACAGUUUAUAACUGAGAUCCUUCCUGCCAUUAAGGAAGUUCUUUCAAGUGCUCAUCAAGAACUUGCCCCUCUUGAGUAAACACCAGCUCUGUUUGGGACCCUUGAUAGCCACAGAUUAGGAUGUAACAGGAACUUCCUUGCUGUUGCCGCCCUCCUAGUCAUUAGGCUCUACCAAAACCUAAGCACAUGCCAUUUGGAGAAACUGAGAGGAACUUAAGCAGGCUGGUGCAGACAUGGGCAUCAACCUUGAGAGGAUUCAGUAUUGGGGUAAGGGUUUUCUGCUUUUUCUUUCAAACUUUCCUUCAGUUUGUCUGAGGACAUCCCGGGAUGGGAAAAGGAGACGAGGAGAACAAAGGGCCAAAAACAAGAUCUUUAAUCCUCAUCAGAGGGAUUGGGUUGCACAUGUUGAGAUUUCAUAAGGAACAUGAAACGCCUUGGGCUCAACUUGUUUUCUCAUCUCACCACCAGUGGCACAUAUCUGAUAUUUCAGGCCUCAGUAGACCGGAUAGCGGUUCAGCCAGCCCGCCGACUUCCACAAGUAGCAACUUGUUGAGGAACCAUAGAGGAACCUGUUGUUAUGUUGUGCUCUCAAAGUGUGAACACGUGUGACAUAUUUUUCUUUUCUAUACCCUAAAAUAUAAACUUAAAAUCUGGGUGUAACUGCAGGAAUUCAGCAAUGUGUGAUUGUUUAUCUUAUUCUCGCUCAAAUGUGUUCUCUAGGCCAUCGCAUGCAGACAGGAAGAGUUCAGUCAUGACCUGAGGGUAAGCACCUGGGGCUGAAAGGAUCAAGGUCAUUGGAGGACAAGCCCCAUCACCGUUUUCUGAACGCCAACUAGAGGCUGACUUUUGACCCGCAGUUCCCCUUGUAAUGUCCUGGGACUUGUAAGGAAUUAGUCUCUACUGCUGUGACUUGUAAGGAUUUUUCAUUGUCAUGUAAAAUCUCACUGUGACUCAUAAAGUGGAGAGAGGGUGGUGCUAAAAAUGGACUGAGGACCAGAGGGUGCAUUUGAUCUGAGAGGGACAGGUGGGCGUGCAGAGGAUAGACCCCCAGAGACACAAGAGGCCAUCCCAGACACGGUGCCGGCAUCAUGGGGGAGUGGGGCUUCCUCAGCGGCCUGUUUGAUAACCUCCAGGCCCACUCGCCCAUGCUUGGCCGCUUCUGGCUCUUCCUCAUGCUGGUCUUCAGGAUCCUGAUCCUGGGCACCGUGGCCAGCGACCUGUUUGAGGACGAGCAGCAGGAGUUUGUCUGCAACACCCUCCAGCCAGGCUGCAAGCAGGGCUGCUACGACAUGGCCUUCCCCAUCUCGCAGUACCGAUUCUGGGUGUUCCACAUCGUCCUCAUCUCCACACCCUCCCUGCUCUUCCUCAUGUACGCCAUGCACCACCACAGCAAGAGGAGGGGCAGCCGCAUGAGCACCCAGGACUACAAGGAGGAGCUCCACAUGAGGAAGCUCUACAUCAUCAACGUGGCUUUUCGCAUGGUGGUGGAAAUCGGUGUCCUCGUGGGCCAGUGGUGGCUGUACGGCUUCAAGGUGGAGCCCCAGUUCCCCUGCAGCCGCUUCCCUUGCCCUUACACAGUGGACUGCUUCACCUCGCGCCCCGCUGAGAAAACCAUCUUCCUCUGCUUCUACUUUAUUGUCGGGGUGGUGUCUGCUAUUUCCAGCUUUGCAGAGCUUUGCUACGCCUCCAUAAAGUGGUUUUGCCCGACCAAGGAGCCUUUACCCCCAGAGCGCUCCUGUGUCUGCCAGAACCUCCAGAACUGGAAGCUGCAGGAAGCGGAGGAAGAUGAAAAACCACGAGGCAGGACAAUGUCCGAGAGCUUGCGGGGCAGUGUGAGGCUGAAGGGGGGCUCAGUGAGGGGCAGCAGCAGCAGGAAGGUCUGCAGCUAUGGCCACAAGCCGAGGAGCGGCAAAAACCUGAGUAGCAAGACGCUCAUGGUGUGAAAGGGCCUUGAUUGAAAUGUACACUGCAAAAGAACAAGUCAUUUGUCUCAUAUUCACUCUUGUUUUCCCUUCAACAAGUGAAAAAUGCCAGUGGGAUGAGAUAAUCCCACUUGUUUCCAUUGUUUCAGCUUGUUUCCACAUUUUUUUAAUCAGUCGUCAUUUUCUUUCUCGAUACUAUUGUGCUGCUCUGCUUGUUUCAACAUAUUUAUAUUUGUUCACAGAAAAAUAUCCUGAAACUGCAUUGGAAACAAGUGGGAUAAUCUCAUCCCACUUGUUGUUGCCAGAAUCCCACUUCUUUCACUUGUUUAAAAAAAAAAAAAAAAGCAAGACUUUAAGACUGAGUA